UCACCUGCUGACUUCGCUAAAAAGACAGAGCUGCUCACCAUUUGCACCAAGGGCUGCUUUUUUAUAAGUCUACAUUUUUUUUUGUGUGUGUGUGUCUUCUUGGAUUUGACGUUUACUUGGAAAAAGAAAGUAUGCCUCCUAAAAAGCGAACGUUUGUUCUCAAUGAAGUGACGGCCGCCAGAAACUCGCCAGUCCCCUCAAAAGUGGCGAGAAAGUCCGGUGUGGUGACUCUGCGUAAAAUAGCCCUACAUCCGGGCACGAGCGUCAUGGUGGUAGAGGCGCUCAAAGAGCUGGACUCCAGAAAGGGGGUCUCCAAACAGGCCAUCCAGAACUUCAUCAAGCGCAAGUAUCCUUCCGUGGACAAAAUCCGCCUCAAGUACUUCGUCCGCAGAGCCCUUAGGAAAGGCCUGGAGGACGGCACCUUGGUUCGGCCUCCCAACUCUACCGUCACCACAGGCGUCGUUGGCAAAUUUCGGCUUGCACCAAAGCGUAAAGAGUCCAAAGCAAAAGUGGAGCCGAGUGUGCAAAGAGCUGCAAAAGUGGAGUCGCUUGUGCAAAAAGCUGCCAAAGUGGAGAACGUGGAGCCGAAUGUGCAAAAAUCUCCAAAAGUUGCAAAGGAAGCACCAAAGACUAAAGCUGGUGGCACAAAGAAAGCUGCUGCAGAUGAACAAGUAAAACCGCCAAAGAAAAAGGCUACAAAGGGUUCCAUCAAGUCCAAGAAAGAUGAAGAGGCUCCCCCCUCCAAGGUGCCACCAGCAAAGAAGCCCAAAGGUAAAAAAGCUGCAAAUGAGAAUGUUGAGGAAGCUCAAGGAACUGUGAGGACCAAAGCGAAGCCCAAGGAGGUCAAAGCUGUGGCUGAUGGGAAAACGAAAGCAAAACCCAAGGAGGCAAAGGGUAAAGCUGACAAAGCUGCACCAAAAAGCGCCGCUAAACAAGGAAGAAAGAAUGCGAAGUGAAUGUUGUCUACAACGAAAUUUUAUUUGUCAAUGGAAAAACAUCUUAACUUUUGUAACAUUCAACUAUGCUGCGAAUGCAAAAUGUUAUUUAAUUUGUCAAUAAAUAUCUUAACUUUU